AUUAGUAACUAAACCAUAACAUUGAUGGGGAAUAAGAGGGAAACUCCGACGCCGAUGAAGCAACUAACGAGAUGGGUUUGGAGACGAUCGGUCCGGGAGAAAGUAACCAUGGGCACGGUUAUAACCCUUGUGUUAUUGAUUUUGUUAAAGGUUAUGGUGAAAAAGAAUUCCCAUUUGUUUGUUGCAACACAACUUGCUCAUUGUGCUGGUAUCUUAGUCUUAAUUUACAAGCUCUCUAUUACUAAAACUUGUUCUGGUCUAUCAUUGAAGACUCAGGAACUUACAGUGAUAUAUUUGAUUAUGAGGAUCAUCUGUCACUUUACACUGGUACAAGAUGUAGGUAUUGUACUUGAUUUUCUAACCCUUGGAUCAACUCUAUGGGUCAUCUAUAUGAUACGGUACAAGUUAAAAACCACCUACUUGCAAAACCUUGACAAUAUGCCUUUAUAUUAUGUGUUGGUGUCCUGUGCGAUUGUAUCAGCAAUUGGACACCCAGCAUGGCAAAUUAAUUUUUUUGGAAACCAAUUUGAAUUUGUGAGGAGAUACUUCUAUGUGUAUAAUUUGACUAUUGAAGCCCUUUCUAUGCUCCCUCAACUUCGUUUGAUACAAAAUGCCAAGAUGGUUGAACCAUUUACUGCUCAUUAUGUCUUUGCUCUGGGAGUCGCAAGAUUCUUCUCAUUCACGAAUUGGAUUAUUAUGCUGAUUGACAGUAAAGGGGCUCUCUUGACACAAAUUGGGAAGGGACGUCUAUAUUUAGUGGUAGCUCCUCUCUUUGAAGUGAUUCAAACUUUCAUCUUGGCUGACUUUUGUUAUUACUAUGUCAAGAGUGUGAUGGAAGGACGGCGUAUGAUGAGGUUACCCUCACUUGUUUGAGGUUAGGACAUGAGUUUCUGUUCACAAUGUAAAUGGACACCAAUGAAAAAGACUUGGUUUCCUCUGUAUUAUUAUAAUUUAUAAAUAUAAUAAA